AUGGAACAUUUUGGCCACUAUGUGCAAAGAGUGAUUUGGCGAAGAGAGAUCAUCGCAGAACAGUGGAGGGAGGCGGAGGGCAUCUGGAUCCCUAAGGAGGAGAAUUCAACAAAACUGGAGCACUUUCGAUCCAUCUCACUUCUCAGUGUGGAGGGCAAAAUCUUCUUUAGCAUUUUAGCUAGAAGGAUGACAGACUUCCUACUGAAGAAUGGUUAUAUUGACACAUCGGUACAAAAGGGCGCCAUUCCUGGAGUGGCAGGGUGCCUGGGACAUACUGGAGUCGUCACACAAUUGAUAAGGAAAGCACGUGAGGGAAAUGGAAAUUUAGCUGUGCUUUGGCUGGAUCUUGCCAAUGCAUAUGGGUCAAUCCCUCACAAGCUGGUUGAGACGACUCUAGAUUGGCACCAUGUACCCUUUAAGAUCAAGGGUCUCAUUAUGGAUUAUUACAGUAAUUUCAGUCUGAGAGUUACUUCAGGGAGCAUUGCAUCAAACUGGCAUCGACUCGAGAUAGGUAAGGUUUUUGACUGUAGCCUCAGAGAUACUGCGUCAAUACAGACAACGAUCAAGAAGCUGGAAGCUUGGUUGUCGGCAGUAGAUAAGUCGGGUUUACCUGGCAGAUUUAAGGCAUGGAUAUACCAGCAUGGCAUUUUGCCACGGAUUCUUUGGCCGCUGUUGGUGUAUGAAGUGUCGAUGUCAACAGUAGAGGCCCUGGAGAGGAAGAUCAGCUGUCAUAUCCGAAGAUGGCUUGGCCUGCCUCGCAGUCUAACGAGUGUAGCACUAUAUGGCAGGAGUAAUAAGCUUCAGCUUCCUUUCAGCAAUCUGGAGGAGGAGUUCAGGGUUUCUCGUAUAAGAGAGGCCCUAUUAUUGAACAGGCGAACAGGAAGGAAGUGGAGAGCACAAGAGGGACUGGAGUUGGCAGAGUCUCGGCUGAGAUACAAGGCACUUGUGGGUAUAGUGGCAACGGGGCGAGCAGGUUUGGGAGCAAUCCCAAAGCCACAGUACAACAAGGCUCAGGGUAAGGUGAGACGAGAAUUGGUCCUAGAGGAAGUCCGAGCAGGUGUCGAGGAGGUGAGGACCAGCAGGGCGGUGAGCAUGCGGCAGCAAGGGGCAUGGACGAGGUGGGAAGGAGCGCUGGAGAGGAAGAUCACUUGGAAUGACAUCUGGAAGGCAGAGCCACAGCGUAUUAAGUUCCUGGUCCAAGCUGUGUACGACGUGCUCCCCGGCCCAACGAACUUGCAUGUUUGGGGCAAGAGUGAAGUUCCAACAUGUCCACUCUGUCCUAGACGAGGGUCUCUGGAGCAUAUUCUGAGUAGCUGCCCAACAUCUGCAUCGUCCAAGCAAAUCCUUUUGUUGGAACUGUCAGUCCCAUGGGAGGACCGCAUGGAAGAGGCAAAUGAGCGUAAGCGGCUCAAGUACCAGGAGCUCAUUGAGGACUGCCGAAGGAGGGGCUGGAAGGCUUGCUGUGAGCCUAUAGAAGUAGGGUGCAGAGGCUAUGCCGCUCGAUCACUGUGUAAGAUCUUUGCCAGGCUUGGAAUCACAGGAGCAGCAAAGAGGAGAGCCAUUAAAUCCAUCACAGAAGCAGCAGAAAGAGCCUUGAGGUGGAUUUGGAUCAAGAGGUCCGCAAAGUGGGCCAGUGCUGCUGAGACACAAGUUGGGGCGUGA